AUGGAGGAUCCAAACGAUUCACAUCCUGAAGAAAUUCCUGGAGUUAGAGAAGCACUGGAAAACAAUGACAUCGCUGCAGCAGCUGCAAGGAUUCAACAAUAUUUAGAAAAAGAAGAUAAUAUUCCACUAAAUAUCGCCAUCACUGGGAAAACUGGUUCUGGCAAAUCCACCUUUGUUAAUGCCUUCAGAGGUGUGAGUGAUGAUGAUGAGGGAGCUGCUCCCACUGGUGUUACAGAAACCACCUCAGAGGUCACAGAGUACACCCAUCCAGAGUAUCCCAAUGUUAAAUUCUGGGAUCUUCCUGGAGUUGGCAGCACCAAGUUUACAGCUGAUAAGUACCUGGAGCUUGUUGGAUUUGAGAAGUUUGACUUUUUCAUCAUCAUCUCAGACACUCUCUUCAGAGCAAAUGACGUGAAACUCGCUCAGGAGAUUCAGAGGAUGAAGAAAAAGUUCUACUUUGUUCGCUCAAAGAUUGAUGACAAUUUACGCGCCGAAAGAAGAAAGAGAGACUUCAUUGAAGAGGAGACUCUUACAAAAAUCAGAGAAGACUGUGUUCACGGACUCAGAGGAUUAGGCAUCGAGUCUCCACAGGUGUUCCUGGUGUCCAGCUUUGAGCUCCACCUGUACGACUUCUCUCUCUUACACGAGACCUUAGAGAGAGACCUUCCUAAACAUAAAAGACAUGCUCUGCUGCGCGCCAUGCCCAACAUCAGCCUGGAGAUCAUCAACAAGAAGAAAAAAGCUUUUCAGUCCAAAAUAAAAUACUACUCUAUUCUGUCUGCAGCUGUAGCAGGGGUUCCAGUUCCUCCUCUUUCUAUUGCUGUUGAUCCUGCUUUGCUGGUUGGUGCUGUCACAGAUUUUGUUCAUGCGUUUGGUCUCAAUAUCCUGUCUUUGAAGAGACCUUUUUACAGAACAGGUGUGCCCUACUCUUAUCCGCGUGCUGUCAUCAUUUCACCACUGACUGCAGCAGAAAUAACUAUAGGGCUCCUUUUUAAGGUGAUGACCCAAGCUGCAGGAGCAGCUACAUUAAUUGCAGCAGAGGAAACAACAAGGUGGAUUCCCAUUGUUGGAAUCCCAUUAGCAAUGGGUUUCUCUUUCGCCACAACCUACACAAUUCUGAAAUCGAUCCUCAACGAGCUCGCUGAUGAUGCUGAGAAGGUGUUUGUCAAGGCUCUUGGUUUGAACACAUCAGUGUGAAUUUAAAAAUAAAAGAUGAAUGAAGCUUAAGAGUACAAAUGAAAUUAGUUUAAAUCAUUAAAUAUUAAUAUACUGAAACCAAAUCAUGUUGCAGCUGCAUAUUUGAGCCAUUAUCCUACUAUAGCUGAUAAAUGUAUCAGAGGCCUCAGCAGGUCUCAUUUCUUCUCAUCACAUCGAUACAGGAACAAAUGUGAUGUUAUUAUUCACUAUUAACUCACUGUGAACAAAAAGAAGAGCUUUUUGCUAAUCCUUUGUCUGAUUUGGU